CUAAAAUCAAAAGUUUAUGGUUUCAAAGUCACAUUCCUUUAAACAUCCUAUGAUUCCUAUCUAUACACUUUUGUUUACUUAAGACUUAAUAUGUGACUUAUUGGAUCAUACAUUUUCUGACUUAUUCUUUCAGCUCGUUUUUUAUUGUCCUUCCCAACAUCCCAUUUUACUAGAGUGUCCCUGUUUAACCCUGAUUUCCCCCCUUGACGUUCUUUGUUGAUAGCCUUCGAUUCCUUCAUCGUAGACAUUUUACUUCGUCUUAAUCAUAUUGAGUUGCCUUGAAUUUUAUGCUCUGUAGCUUGGAGCAACACUUCGUAUAGAAAGAACUGAAACCAGCCGCACUUGUAAUCUCCAAAUCUCUAUUUCUCUGCAGCAUUGGCGUUGGGGUUAAUCUCAUAGUUAAGGAUGCAGCACGAUGAGGUCAUAUGGCAAGUUAUCAGACACAAGCACUGCAGCUUCAUGGCAAAGCUUCAGACAGGAAUACUUUGCCGGAAUCCAUACAACGUCACAGGUUUAUGUAACCGCACCUCCUGUCCUCUAGCUAAUAGUCGCUAUGCCACAAUAAGAGAACAUGAUGGCGUGUUCUAUUUGUACAUGAAAACUAUAGAGAGGGCUCACAUGCCAAACAAGUUAUGGGAAAGGGUCAAGCUGCCCAGGAAUUAUAUGAAGGCCCUUGAAGUGAUUGAUAAACAUUUGGUUUAUUGGCCAAAACUUCUUCUUCACAAGAUAAAACAAAGACUAACUAAAAUGACUCAGAUGCGAAUACGGAUGAGGAAGAUUGCUUUAAAAACCCGUAGAGAGAAGAUAAUGACCACACCUAGAAAAGAGAUGAAAAGAGAAGCUCGUAGGGAACAAAAGGCUGAAAAAGCAGCUUUGCUGGAAAAGAGCAUAGAAAAGGAACUGCUUGAACGAUUAAAUAGAGGAGUUUAUUCUGGCGAUAUAGUCAACAUUAUCCCAGUUGCGAAGUACAAUGAAAUUCUAGAUAGAGAAAGUAUUGCCGAAAAAGAGGACGAAAAGGAGUAUGAGGUAGAGUAUGUUGAAGGUUAUGAAGACCUAGAAGAGGUGGAUGAUAUUGAAGACCUUGGUGGCAGGGCAAUUGAAGAUGCGGAUGCAGGAGUUGAUGAAGCUGGAUUGGACGAUGAUGAAGAGGUGGCCGUUGCAUUUCAUGAAAGGAUUAAGAAGCCUGGCUUGGGUUCGAAAAAGCAUAGGAGAGACGACCUAAGUGCAUAUUCUAAGAAGAAAACCAAAGUGCUUGUUGAGGUUGAACAUGAUGAUGCAAGUGAAAGACAAACUGCAAUCCAAUGAGAGCGUGUUGGGUUUGUUUUGAUGUACCAUCAAGCCGGCUAUAAAGUAUAAACCGUUGUGGUUCACGUAUUGAGUUAUAACAGCUGCACUGCAGUGGCAUUGUGGUUUGAAGAGCGAAGAUGUGUUCGGUCUUUUUUGGCUCACUUCUAGAUAUAUCGCAACUUUUGACUCAUUUUCUUCCUUUCAUUUACUUCUUUCCUCACUUGGAUUUUGUGUAUUGAACGAUUUUCCCUCAAAGAUUGCAUAUUUGUUUACCUUUUCCACUGCUUCUUUUUGCUGAUUGCUUGUGGACUUGUAUCCUGAGUUUUUUUGAACUUGGCAGACAAACCACCAAAACUAGUU